GCUAGUCCAAGUCAGAGACCUAACCUCAUUUGUUGGCCAUCAUUUGGUCCCUUUAAAGGGCCUGGUCAUCGCCUAUGGGAGCCGACAGCCCGACCAUGAAGUCCCUGCACGACGUCCGCUCUAUCGGCGCUGUCCUGCGGGCCUUGGAGACGCCCGGGUCUGAGGAAUAUCGCGGGCGUCAUCAAUGGAGCAACAAGGAUCUCGACCCCACACCGGUCAGCGAGAGGAAAUGGACGAAAUGGGACUACAUGGCGCUAUGGUGGGGCUCGUCAUUCAAUGCGAACGCAUGGGCUGCUGCGAGCUCCCUCGUAGCUGUCGGCCUUAGCUUUAGCCAGGCCAUGGCUGUCAACAUCAUUGGCGCCUCCAUUUCAUCUGUCGCAACAGUCGCCAAUGCCCGGCAAGGCGCGCUCUAUCAUAUUGGCUACCCCAUCGCCAUACGGUCGCAAAUGGGCGUAUGGGGCGGCUACUUUUUCGUCUUCUUGCGUGCUAUAGUUGCCAUAGUCUGGUAUGGCAUCCAGGCAUAUUACACGGGGCUCUUAUUCAGCGUGGCACUGAGAUGCAUCUUCGGGCACAAGUGGACCGACCUCAAGCCCUUCCCUGCCAGCGCGGAAAUCACCUCAUAUGAUUUUACGGCAUUCAUCGUAAUAUACUUAUUACAACUACCUCUGAUGUUCGUACACCCAUCCAACAUCCGGCGCGCAUUCGAAGUGAAAGCCUUCAUCCUCCCGCCAUGCGCCAUCGGCCUCACCGCGUGGGCGUGUGUCAAGGCGGGCGGCUUCAGCAAGUUCGACCUCGCGACGCGGACGACCGUCAGCGGCGGCGCGCUGGGCUGGGCGUGGAUGAACGGCAUUAAUUCCGUCAUCAGUGCCGUGUCACCUAUGAUGAUUAACCAGCCUGAUCUGGCGAGGUAUGCGACUAAGCCUGAGGAAGCCGGCUCCUGGCAGGGGUAUGCCAUGUUCAUCUGCAAAAACCUCAUAUCUUUUAUGUCAAUAGCGACGACAUCCGCUCUAAAAGUCAUGUACGGCGGCGACCCAGCCUGGAACCUGUGGGACCAACUCAAUAUGAUCUUGAACCACACCUGGACGCCCCUCUCCCGCUUCUGCAUCUUCAUAGUAGCCAUGACCUUUGCGUUCGCGACUGUCCUCACGAACAUCUCAGCAAACUCCAUCCCGUUCGGCGCGGACAUCUCCGGCGUCGCCCCGCGGUGGCUCACCAUCCGCCGCGGACAAGUGCUCUGCUGGAUCCUGGGGCUCGCGAUCGUGCCGUGGAAGUUCCUUGUCGAUGCGGCCAAGUUUAUCACUUUUCUGGAGAGCUAUACGAUCUUGAUGGGCGCUGUCAUCGGGGUUGUUCUAUGCGACUUUUUUGUGGUGAGGAAGGGAAAUAUUCAUGUUCCUUCCUGCUACGAUGGGAGUAAGGACGGGCUCUAUUAUUUCACCAGGGGUGUCAACUGGCGUGGAUGCUUUGCGUGGUUGUGCGGCUUUAUAGUGCCCUUUCCUGGUCUCAUCGGCAGUUACGACGCGAAUGCGGUUAAUAAUGCCGCGAUUGAUAUGUAUCAGCUCGGGUGGCUGCUGAGUGUGGCUAUAUCCUUCAGCGUGCAUCUUUUGCUGAACCUUUUAUUUCCCGUACCCGUAUUCCCAAAGAAGUACCGCCAGAUGCCUGUGACAUGGGAAUACCUUGGGGAUCAGACCCGGAACGGACUCUUCGAUGACGAGCAUUGGGUCGGCCCUGGCGAACCGGUGCUCUCGAUGGUCGAGGCUGGGAACGGCGACCCCGCGGACGUUGGCUGCGACUCCGAGGAGAAAGAGGGACGAAGCGAGAAGGCGUCUAUCCACCAGCCCGAGAGCUUAAACUCUGAAAUUCAGUACCGGUAAUGGCGCCCGCAUGCUGCUUCAGCUUGUCGCGCCUCCCACGUUGUUUUGCUCUGGCUGCUCUCGUGCUGUUUUAUUGUUGUGUUCUAUGGCUCUUGCCACACUGAUCGACUUUUGACUAUCGGAAGUAUGUACUAAUCUCGCUAAUAGUAGCAGUAACAUCUCAUAGAUAUUUUUC